AGCCGCGCAGCGGCGGCAGCGCCAUGGGGCUGGAGACGGAGAAAGUGGACACCCGCAUCUUCAUGGACGACGACGACAACUUCCCGCGGAGCGGCGGCCCCGCGCUGUCGGACGCGGAGAAGUGCGCGGAGGACGAGCUAGACCGCGACCCCCACGGGCUGAACUCCCACCUGCAGCUGGGGUUCGAGGAUGUGAUCGCGGAGCCCGAGCUCACCCACUCCUUCGACAAGGUGUGGAUCUGCAGCCACGCUCUGUUUGAGCUCAGCAAGUACGUGAUCUACAAGGUCCUGACUCUGGUCCUCGCCAUUCCGAUGGCCCUGGUUGUGGGGAUCGUCUUCGCCACGCUCAGCUGCCUCCACAUCUGGGUUGUGGUGCCUUUUGUGAAAACCUGUCUCAUGGUCCUGCCUUCAGUGCAAACUGUAUGGAAGAGCCUGACAGAUGUUUUUGUUGUACCAUUCUUUCAGAGCCUAGGCCGGUGCUUUGCCAUGGUUAAUAUACGCCUGGACCAAGAGUAAACAUCAGAGAUGUGACACUGCUGUAGGUGUAGCUGGUGUUAUAUUUCUUUACUAACCUAACAUACAAGCACUUACCAUUCAUUCCAAACUUAAAUUACAAUGGCUGGUUUAAGUGGGAACAUGCUGUUUUUAUUAAAACUCAUUUAUUAUCAGGGAGAUCCAUUUAAGAAUUAGUAGGCAGUUUUCAUAGCUCACUAUUUUAACAACAGAGUGAUCGUGGAGUAUAUUGGCAACACUUUAUUUUAAUGGUAGGUUGAUUGGUAGAUUACAGGAGAAUUCUCAUGGAGGACUAAAAGCCACCACAGUGAUAAUGAUUGGUGUUAUUUCUAUAAAUAAAUAAAUGAAUAGGCUGUGAUACCUUAGACAAAACUGAUCUCUAGGGUUUCACACUGACUUUACUGCAGUUCCACCAGGGAUCAUUUUUGGCCUUGCUAUGCAGAACGAUAAACCCAGUCCUCUGUUAUCAGCAGUUAAAGUGAACGUGACUCAUUGCAUAAACAUACAGGGAAAGGAACUGUUGUGUAA